CGCGUGCACUGUUCCGGCCCCUUUAAGAGACCGACAGAACCAAUAGCCAAUGACGCUGCGGGGAUCUAUUUACUUGGAUCUUAUCGACCAAUCCGAACGCAGAUGGGGCGGGACGUCGCUGUCAGGAGGCGGAGCUCUUGCCUGAAGUUGAGUUCCUCGUCUGCUGUCAUUAAACUUUCUGAAACUUCGUGUCAGUCCGCUGUAGCUGCUCCGCCAGCACGCCCUGUCUUUCUUCUUCACACAGACUGUCGCUCUACGAUAUAUAUUACUCAUAAUAAUGCACGGCCAUGACACGCUACUGCUUGUCUUGUCUUUUAUACUCUUUCGCAUCGGACAGAAGGCAAUAUCAGCACAAUCUGCCAUGUACGAGACAGAUGUGGUCGUACCGCAGGAGCUGCGGCUGGACGAGGUGCACCUGCUCCAGGGAUCCUACAGGUGGAGCAGGGGUCGCAGACCACGCUCGAACCAUCAGCACGAGGACCACCUGUUUCUACGGCUGCCUGCUUUUGGAAAGGAACUGUACUUACAGCUCCAGAGAGUCGACUCUUUCCUGGCUGAGGGGUUUGUGACGGAGGAGAGGAGCGAGGAGGGCAGUGUUCAGCACAAGCCCGCUUUAAGGGUCCGACGGUGUUUCUAUGCUGGAGCCGUUCUCAAUCACACAGACUCUUUUGCCUCAUUGGAUGCUUGUGGUGGACUGACUGGCCUGGUUCAGACUAAAGAGGAAAGACUGUUCAUCGAGCCAGUGGGCCAGGCCGCGGAUUCCUUCUCUGGCUGGGAACACCGAGUGAUUCGGGAAAAGCAUUCUUCAUCGGACAGACCUGCGAAUGCUGAAGACAGCAGCCCGAAAUUCUGCCAAAUCAUCGAAGACAAGAAGAAGGAGAAACGGGUAAAAGGAGCGGAGGAUGUGCGCGGCAGGAGGAACGCCAUCCGGCUGAGCAGAGAGUACACGGUGGAGACGGUCGUGGUGGCCGACGCAAACAUGGUGCAGUAUCACGGUGCUGAGGCCGCCCAACGCUUUCUGCUCACCGUUAUGAACAUGGUGUAUAACAUGUUUCAACACCAGAGUUUGGGGGUGAGGCUCCAUAUCCGGGUCACCAAGCUGGUUCUCCUGCACACCCGUCCAAAAAAGCUGAAGGUGGGCCACCAUGGAGAAAAAGCCCUGGAGAGCUUCUGUCACUGGCAGCAUGAGGAAUACGGUGCACGAUACCUGGGAAACAAUCACGUACCUGGGAGCAGAGACGACCCUCCUCCUGUGGACGUGGCUGUGCUGGUCACCAGAACAGAUUUUUGCGUCCACAAAGAUGAGCCUUGUGACACAGUUGGAAUCGCUUAUCUGGGCGGCACCUGUAGCUCCAAAAGGAAGUGUGUGCUGGCGGAGGACAACGGACUCAACCUGGCCUUCACCAUCGCUCAUGAGCUGGGCCACAACUUGGGCAUGAGCCAUGAUGACGAUCACGCCAGCUGCACGGGCCACUCUCACAUCAUGUCCGGGGAAUGGGUCAAAGGUCGUAACCCCAGUGACCUCUCCUGGUCCAGCUGCAGUCGGGACGACCUGGAGAAGUUCCUCAGAUUGAAAGCAAGUUCCUGUUUGCUGCAUACUGACCCACGUAACCGCCACCUCAUCCGCCCGCCAGCCAAACUUCCCGGGAUGCACUACAGCGCUGACGAACAGUGCCAGAUCCUAUUCGGCAGCAACGCUACUUUCUGCACUGAUAUGGAGCACCUGAUGUGUGCUGGUCUCUGGUGUUUGGUGGAAGGAGACACUUCAUGUAAAACCAAACUAGAUCCACCGCUGGACGGCACCGAAUGUGGAGCCGACAAGUGGUGCAGGGCUGGUGAGUGUGUCAGUAAGACGCCCAUCCCGCAGCAUGUCGAUGGAGACUGGAGUCCGUGGAGCACGUGGAGCAUGUGCAGCCGGUCGUGUGGCACAGGAGCAUGCUUCAGACAGAGGAAAUGCGACAACCCCCCGCCCGGUCCUGGAGGGAAGUACUGUCAGAAGGCCAGCGUGGAGCACAAAGUGUGUGAAGGGAAGCCGUGCUCCAAGGGUCUGCCUACGUUUAGAGACCAGCAGUGUCAGUCUCAUGACCGGCAGCCCAGUAGGAAGAAAAGCCAGAUGUGGACAGCUGUGAUCGACGAUGAAAAGCCAUGUGCUCUAUAUUGUUCAGCGGCUGGCAGUGAUGCACCGGUAUUAGUGGCAGAACGUGUGCUGGACGGAACGCCAUGUGGACCUUAUGAGAGCGACCUGUGUGUGAGCGGAAAAUGUCAGAAAAUCGGAUGUGACGGCAUCAUCGGUUCAUCUGCAAAAGAAGACCGGUGCGGCGUCUGCAACGGUGAUGGCAAAUCCUGCAAGAUCGUGAAAGGAGACUUCAACCACUCAGAAGGGAUGGGUUACGUCGAGGCAGCUGUCAUUCCGGUGGGAGCUCGGCGGAUAAAAGUUGUGGAAGACAAACCGUCCCAAAGCUUUCUGGCUCUGAAGGACUCCAGCAAGCGAUCCAUAAACAAUGACUGGAAAAUCGAGCUGCCAGGGGAGUUUGAGCUCGCUGGCACCACGGUCCGCUACGUGAGGAGAGGACAGUGGGAAAAGAUGUCUGCCAAAGGACCCACAAAGUCUCCGCUCCACCUCAUGGUUCUGCUGCUCCACGAUCAGACGUAUGGGAUCCAUUAUGAAUACACGGUUGCCCUGAACCGGUCGCAGGAGGACGUCAGUGACCCGGUGAAGGAACCAGAACACAUGUACCUGUGGACCCACAGCAGCUGGGAGGACUGCAGCGUGCACUGCGGAGGAGGAGAGAGAAGGACUGUGGUGUCGUGCAUGAGAAUAGUUAACAAGACCAUGACUCAAGUCAACGACAGCUUCUGUCAGCCGGAGAACAGACCCGCGCCUCAAAUCCGCCACUGCAACACCCACCCCUGCCAAUACAGGUGGGUCGCUGGUGAUUGGGCGCAGUGUUCAGUAACCUGCGGCAGAGGCUUGCAGCAGAGGGAAGUCGGCUGUGUGUACCAGCUGCAAAAUGGCACGUACAUCCCCACCAGAGACCUGUACUGUCUGAGCCCCAAACCAGCCAGCGUACAGCACUGCGAGGGACGCCACUGCCUCACCGUCUGGGAGGCCUCCGAAUGGUCCAAGUGUUCCUCUGAAUGCGGUCGCGGCAGCAGGAAGAGGAGCGUGACCUGCACCAAUCCUCAGGGUCUCUGUGAUCCCGUGUCUCGUCCUGCAGAGGUGGAGACGUGUGAGGAUCACUCCAAAUGUUACGAGUGGAAGACCGGCGAAUGGUCCAAGUGCUCCUCAUCCUGUGGGCGGGGCUUGCAGUCCAGAGUGGUCCAGUGCAUGCACAAAGUGACCGGUCGCCAUGGCAGUGAUUGCCCAGCAGUCCUGAAGCCCUCCGCAUACAGACAGUGUCAUCUUGGGACAUGCAAUGUGAAAGUCAAUGUGAACACCAUCACCUCCCCGAGACUGGCUGCAUUGACGUACAAGUGCGCUGGGGAUCAGUGGGCGGUUUACUGCAGGGUGAUCCGAGAGAAGAUCCUGUGCCAGGACAUGCGCUGGUACCAACGCUGCUGCCAGACCUGCAGAGACUUUUACACCAGCAAAAUGCCCCCCAAGAGAUAAUGACCCCACCACUCCCACUCACAGAGGUUUCUUUUUGUCUUCUCCAUUCGUACUGUCAAAAACAAGGUUUUAUAUUCUUAUUAAAAAUGUUCUUAUGUGAAAUAAUGAAAGCAGUGGAACUGAUAUUUCCAGCAGAACACAAUUACGUAAACGUGAGUGUUUCUAACUAUGCAUUAACUUUAUCACCCCCUGCACUGAGUAUGUACUUGCAGUGUGUUAGUCAAGUGUUUGCGUACUUGCAUUUUGUUUGUUUCUUGUUUUCGGACUUGAAGGUUUAUCGUUUUUGCCAUGUUUUGCUGUAAUCCACACUUUGGCCCUGGAAGUGACUUCUUCAGCAUAAUGACCUGCCUGUUGCACUGUGGGUAAAGCUCAGUUAUUUUUAAGGCCACUGGUUGGCCAGUAACCAAUGGACUUUGUAACAGCUUUUUUUUUUUCACGACCUCUAUCAACAAUCUUUUGUCUUGUAUUUUUUUAUUUUUUUUAUUAAUUGUAUUAUUGCCUGUGUUAUAUUGGCUCUGCAACCCAAACAUAGUGAACUUCCUUGCUUUUUUAAUCACAAUUGAUUGAGUUUAGAUAUUGAUUUCAAUUUAGUAACAUGCAAAUAUUGUAUAAAAUAAUAAUUUCUGAUUAGAUUGAUCAAUUCAUGCAUUCCCUGGGAAUCGAACCCAUGAUUUUGCUGUUGCUAGCAGUAUGUAUAAUUGCGUACUGCUAAACAAUAAUGCAUAGCAUAAUCUAGCAUAAUCUAUUUUUGCAUGCAAGCAAUAACAGCAUAAUCUAUUUUUAAAAUAAUGCAUGCAUGCAUGCUGUAAUGGAUUACGCAUUGCAUUUUUUCUCUGCAUGUUCAGCAAAAGAAGGCGAUGCAAUCAUGCCUCCUACCUUUCUGAACAGCCUUCACGCUGAGAGUCUAUGUAGGCAGCUCACUAGGUUUUGUAAAAGAGCUGAAGUAGCUUGUUAUUUAGUUUAUCAAGAGCCAUCUCGAUGAAGUCGAACAGCCAAGCUAAUUCUCUUUAAGAUUGAAGUAUUUAAUAUUCAAAUAAGGCUAAUUAGUGACUCUUACAGAGCCAUUUUUAUAUCACAGACUUUUUGAAAAAUAGCAUUGCAGUCCAAAUCUCAUCAUUAAGAUCUGAAUACAAUUGAUAGGAUUACUUUACAGAUACUUUACAGUCAGGAUGUGGUGAGAAAAUGUGAAAAUUUAGGUUAGGUUGGCAUUUCAUAAAAAACAAAAACAAAACAACAGCCCAUGUUUGAGGGUGACACUGCAUAUGUGUGCAUGAGAAACUCUGUUUCAAACCCUACUGAGCUACAUAGGGAGCUCACUGACACUAGUGACCAAUUUGGAGUGCACUUCAAAUGCAAACGUAGCAUACAUAUUGACCUUCAUACUCUGCUGAUGCCUUUAAAUGCUCACUAGGUUUUGGAACAGAGCGUAUAUAUGUGUGUGUGUGUGUGUGUGUGUGUGUGUGUGUGUGUGUGUGUCCGAGACCUUGGCUCCCAUCUACCAGGUUGCACAAGGUCACAGCAGGUGCUAGACAAAUUUCACUACUGUGAAAUUCAGCCGUUUCUCCACGUUUUGUUCUUGUACUUUUGUAUGUAUUUAAAUGAAACAUAUUUUUUAUGUUUGUUAGGAUUAUUUAAUACAUAUUGUAUCUACCUGCUUCUGUCAUAACUAUUUGGUGCAACAGCUUCAUGUUCCAGGUUUGGUGAAUAUCGCUUCUGUAUUCCAGUACUGUAAGUCAGUAGUUGCACAUGUGAUUGGUACUUAAAAUGCCACUUUUAAUGGUGCUUAUUUGAAAUGACUUACAUUUCAGACUGUUCACACACAAAAAAUAAAUGUAUAUCCUGUAUUAUGAUGA